GUGUCAGGGAGUCCUCAGUCUUUGCAGGUAACAGGAUCAAGAAGUCCACAGUCAACUGCGCUAUCCACACGCCAUAAAAGAACAUUGUUUUUCCAUUCCCACUAAAAUCUCUCUCCAAAUCUGUCCUUUUUCUACUCCCAUCGCCCUCUCUUGUUCUUCGCUCUGUUCAGCUUCAUUCCUCUUCUGUUCUGUUUCUUUUCCCUUGUUCCUUCCCACCUGAACUCGACCACUCAAAUAUAUAAUUUUUUUUAUUAUUAUUUUUGUAUGCUUCCUUGCAUAGCUACUCAUACAUAGAAAAAGAAGUUCAAGAAAAUUCCCCCUAGCUCGCGCUAAAAUGACAAGGUAUGUGUGUGGCACUCGCACCUCUGUGUUUUUGUCUUUGUCUUUGUCUUUGUCUUUCUUGUUCUUGUUCUUUCCGUUGGGAUUUUCUCUGUCUCCAAACCAAACCUCCGCCAUGAUAAAUCUCUCCAAACUCAUUAACAGCACUGCUUUAUCAUGGGAUGCUAAGUCACAGCCAAACCCAUGUUCAUGGAAGAGGGUUAAUUGCAGCAGUGAUAACUCGUCUGUAAUUGCUCUUUCUUUAAAUGGGCUUGGUCUUUUCUCUUCUGGGUUUUUGUCUGUUGUUUGCAAUAUUGAAUCUUUACAGUCGCUUGAUCUCUCUAACAACCAAUUGAGCUCAAUCCCAAUUGAGUUCAUCGAUGGUUGUGGAAGGAUCGGUGGUUUAAAGCUUUUGAAUUUUAGCAAAAAUUCGUUGGCUGGUCUUUUGCCUGCUUUUCGUGGUUUUGUUGGGUUAGAAUCUUUGGACAUGUCUUUCAAUUCUCUGAGCGGUAAUAUUAGUUCACAGUUAGGUGAAUUGCCUGCACUUAAAAAAUUGUAUCUUAAUUUCAAUAGCUUCAGUGGUUCUGUUCCUGUAUAUCUUGGAAAAUCCAUGGUGUUGGAGGAGCUUCAGCUUUCUGUGAAUUUUUUCGAAGGUGAAAUCCCCUUGGAAAUUUUGAAUUAUCAGAACUUGAGCCUUAUUGAUCUUAGUGUCAAUAAGCUUGAAGGGUCUAUUCCUGAUUCAAUUGAAAAUCUCACCAAGUUAAGGAUUUUGAUUUUGUCUUCCAAUAAAUUGGUUGGACAAAUCCCCAAGACCAUUGCAAAUAUCCCAACCCUGGUUCGGUUUGCAGCAAAUCAGAAUGGUUUUCGUGGUGGAAUUCCUGAUGGAAUUACAACACAUCUUAGCUUUUUAGAUGUUAGUUAUAAUAAGUUAACUGGGUCUAUUCCAUCAGACCUUUUAUCGCAGUCGAAUUUGCGAACUGUGGAUUUGUCUUAUAAUCUGUUGAAUGGUUCAAUUCCUGAUAAUAUAUCACAAAGCCUGGUCAGAUUGAGAUUGGGAGGCAACUUUCUCAAUGGCUCGGUCCCUUCUUCGUUCACGCCAGGCCAUAAGUUGAUGUACUUGGAGCUGGAUAACAAUAGAUUGACGGGUGUCGUGCCUGCUCAGUUGGGUUAUUGCCAGAAUUUGGCGCUGUUGAAUUUGGCUCAGAAUACUCUUACAGGUCAAUUGCCAAUGGAAUUGGGUAAUAUUAGUAGUCUUCAAGUUUUGAAACUUCAACUCAACAGGCUGUAUGGAGAAAUCCCUCCACAAAUCUCUCAAUUACACAAGCUGUCAACUCUCAAUAUCAGCUGGAAUUCUCUUACUGGUUUAAUACCUCCUUCAAUUUCAAGCUUGCAAAGCCUUGCUCAGUUGAACUUACAAGGCAACAAUCUUAAUGGUUCGAUACCUGACGGUAUCAACAGCAUGGAUUCUCUGUUGGAACUCCAACUUGGACAAAAUCAACUAGGUGGAAGGAUUCCAACAAUGCCAGUGAAGUUGCAGAUUGCUUUGAAUCUUAGCAGCAACCACUUUGGAGGGCGUAUUCCAAACACUCUUUCCCGACUGAAGGAUUUGGAAGUUCUGGAUCUCUCAAACAAUAAUUUCACAGGUGAGAUUCCAGACUUCCUUACUCAGUUGGGAUCUCUAACACAGUUGAUACUCUCAAACAACCAGCUUAUUGGAACCAUCCCAGAAUUCAGGCCGUGGGUUUCUUUCAAUGCAAGUGGAAAUAUGGGUCUUGUCAAUGCUACGAAAACAAACAAUUCCCCAGAAUUCGUAAAGAAGAGGAAAUCAGUUGUUUUGGCAGUUAUUAUUGCUGUUGCAUCUGCUGCUCUUGCUGUUGGGGUGAUCAUAAUUAUUGCUGUAUCAUUCUCCAGACGAUUUCUCAAGGUUAAUGAUCUGCAGUCACAGUCAGGGGAAGACCGUCCACUCCCUCAGGUCAUCCAAGGCAAUCUGUUGACUUCAAAUGCAAUUCACAGGUCAAACAUUGACUUCACCAAAGCCAUGGAAGCAGUUGCUGAUCCACAGAACAUCGUCCUGAAGACUAGGUUUUGCACUUACUACAAAGCUACCAUGCCUUCCGGAGCAAGCUACUUUGUCAAGAAGCUUAACUGGAGCGACAAGUUAUUCCAACUGGGAAGCCAUGAUAAAUUUGAUCAAGAGCUUAAAGUUUUAGGGAAAUUGAGCGAUUCAAAUGUCAUGACUCCAUUGGCAUAUUUAUUGACUGCUGAUAGUGCUUUUCUCUUCUAUGAGCAUACUCGGACGGGUACCCUAUUAGAUGUUCUUCAUGGUAAAGGGGGAAAUGCUUUGGACUGGGAAAGCCGUUACAGUAUAGCAGUCGGAGUGGCUCAGGGUCUUAACUUUCUGCAUGGACGUACUUCUGGACCGAUUCUCCUUCUUGACCUUUCAAGCAGAAAUAUUUUGCUGAAGUCCCUGAAGGAGCCUCUAGUAGGAGACAUUGAACUCUGCAAAGUGAUCGAUCCCGCAAAGAGCACUGGUAACCUUUCAACAGUUGCUGGUUCCGUUGGCUAUAUACCACCAGAAUAUGCUUACACAAUGAGAGUCACAAUGGCGGGGAACGUAUAUAGCUUUGGGGUUGUUCUACUGGAACUGGUUACAGGAAAGCCAGCAGUUAGCGAGGGAAUUGAAUUAGCUAAGUGGGUCUUACAUAACUCAAAGCAGCUGAAUAAGUGGGAUCACAUCCUUGAUUUUAACAUCAGUAAAACUUCACUGGAAGUCAGAGGCCAAAUGCUUGCCAUACUUAAGAUUGCUCUCAGUUGCGUCAGUGUUUCACCAGAAGAAAGGCCAAAAAUGAAGACUGUGUUAAGGAUGAUCCUCAAUGCACGAUGAAUCCCAGCCUCAUGAAACAAAUCUGCCUAUUAGUGUGUAUAAGAUCGAUCAUCUCAGUUUUGGUUAUGUCCAAUCAUUCUAGGUAAUAGAAAAGCCAAUAUAUCAAUAUUGCAGUUGUUUGCGGCCAACCUGCAUGUAUACUGAGUACAUGCGUAGCAAUUUUAGGUAAUAUAAUUUAUCAGUUCUCUUUCUAAUCAUCUGUCAUCCCUGCAUAAAAAGGUUGUCUAAGCUUGUUUCUGUUAAAAAAUUCUUCUGAAGUACAUUUUGUUCAGAUUAA